UGUCUGUGUGUGUGUGUGUGGAACGGAAGGCAGGGAAGACACCCGAUACAACACAGCAGCAGCAGCACGACGGAAGACGAGCGCAAGGCAGGGAAGCACAGCACGCUUUUUGAGCAGACGCUUUUUGCUUACUGGACGCGCGGGCACAGCGGGCAUGGACGAGGAGAAAGCCGCGCUGCGUCGGCGUGGCAGUGGUGACAGCAGUGAGGGCGAGCAUCGUGACAGCACCGAUGCCACGCAGCAGCGAGACACGCACAACGGCAACGACAACGACAACGACAGGCAGCAGCAGGACAGCGGCGGCUGGGCGAGCGGCGAGCAGUCGCAGCAGUCGCAGCAGGCACAGCACAACGAGCACGGCCACUCCGACGCGGCCCAGGUCCACGGCGACAGCGCCGAGGAGAGCGAGCCGAGUGCUUGCCGUGGUGGCAAUGAUGGCCGCCAUGCUACGAGUGAUGCAGAUGCUGCUGGGGAUGACGAUGAGGAAGUUGCAAGAAGCGAGAAUGGCGACGAUGGCCCUUCUCACAGGGAUGCGGGCGACCAGCGUCAAUCACAACGCCAUAAGCACAGCCCACUGCCCGAGGUGAGCGUGGCAUCCGAUGCCGGUAGUCUCGCAGAGUCACAGCAACAGGAGAUGGGUGUCACGGCCUCUGGUGUGGUCACUCCUGUCAGACUACACGACUCCACCAUGGACGCGCCGUCCCCGAUCCCGUACAUGCCAGAUGACACUGUGGUGGACACCAUUUCCAUUUCAUACGGAAGCGUCGUUCACCGUUUUGAGCCUGGGCAUGAUCUGACACCAAAGGAUGUGCUGACCGCUUUCGACCUCCCAGAAGUCACAGAGUUUCAGAUCCGCGACGACAUGGGCGAGGAAGUCGAUCUCAACAACGCCCGCCUGCAUCGAAACCUGUCCCUGGUUGUUCGCCGCAGCCGCCGCCGUCCCCGCACUGCAGAAGGCCGAUUACAGCGCGCAAACCUGCGACGCGAACUUGACAGAGGCAUGGCCUUGUUGCAAGAGAAGCAAAACAUCCUUGUGGACAACGGCGGUGCUGCCGAGGAUGUGAACAAUCUCUCCUGGGAACAGUUUCGCCAGGCAUUUCGCACAGACUUUGAAAACGGCCUGCGAAAGAGCAUGUCGUUUUCGAACCUGAGCGAGACCUCCACACACUCGCGCGCACGCGCCUCAACCAUCUCCGUAUCCAACCCCACACAAGAACCGGCACAGGCCAACAAGCAAGAGCGAACGAUACGCACGUUCGAGGCCACAUACGCGCAACCGAAAACGCUGGUGAUCAUGUACUCAGCACAAGGCUUUGGCUUCUCGUGCCGCCGCCUGUGCGUUGUGGACGAGCAGCUUGUGAGUGCUGCGCCACCAUCGUCAUCAUCGUCGUCGUCAUAUGCUCACGAUGCAUCGCGUAUGGCCCUGACGCGCCUCACGCUCAUGGAGAUGGACGAGGAGCUCCUCCUCCCACAAGAGACCCUGGUGCGUAUUAUAUUGCGAAACCUUUGGCACAUGCCAAAGUUGAAACGCAAGUCGUCGUCUGUGGAGACGGGCCUGUCCGCCGUGCCGUUUGCCACGUCCAUUUGCGAGCUGUGUGCGCGCCACGGCGUGCGCGUGCCCGUGCUUGUCACGAAGCUUGUUGAGGAGGUUGAGCGACGCGGGCUGGACGAGGAAGGCAUCUACCGCCACUCCGGUCCAACGUCUCAAAUACAGAUGCUCAAGGAGUGCCUCUCGCGCGACCCAGUCGGUACAGACCUGACAGACGAAGACACGUUCUACGACCAACACGCCCUGUGCGGCGUAUUGAAGGAGUACUUUCGCAGCAUCACCCCACCGGUCUUUACCGGCGAACUCUACGAUAAGUUUAUUGCGUGCGCGAAGAUGAGCGGCGAGAACAGGCUACAUGUUCUCAAGGACUUGCUGAGUCAGCUGCCCCCGGAGCACCACACCACCUUGGAGUUUGUCAUUCGCCAUCUCACACACGUUGUCGACCACUGUGCCAAAAACAAGAUGAUUGCAUCGAACCUCGCUGUUGUGUUUGGGCCGACCCUUGUUCGUCCAGCAGCAGGAAAUGACCUAUCUUUGUUACAAGACAUGAGCCAUCAAAGCAAACUCGUGGAGCUGCUCGUUACAAACUGCUCUUUCUUGUUUGAUGCAACGGUGGGCGGCACAGACGGAGAGGAGGGCGAGAAUGCAAAUGAAACCCGGGAGCACGAUGAGUCAUCCAUGCUGGAGGACACGACGUCCAUCGGCGAGCACGACACAACGGCCACGGAGGAGAACACCGGCCAGGCGGGAGUCUCGCCCACCACGCCGCACGAUUACGCGCUGCAGACGGACGUGCUGGCGUACCUGGCUGGAAGCAUUCCGGACCUGCCCCUGGCCGCCGAUAGUGAACGCGGCGCAGGCGACGCAGCCCAGCAAGACCACGUCCGCGGCACUGUGCAGCAGACAGAGGGGGCAGAGGUGGGUGGCGCUGAGCGUGGUGAUGACGCCGUACCAGGCAGCGCCAGCAAGCCUGCGGGCGCCUUUGAAGUCGGCGACGGCGACGGCGACGGGGACAGCGGUGCUGCCUCGAAACACAGCGGGGGAGGUGGCCGCGGCGGCUACCUGGAAGUGCAAGGGCGGGCAGAGCCGGAGGCACGCGCAACGUCCGUGCCGGCGAGCGUGCGCAUGCGGCGUGGUGAUGAUCAUGGCUUGGGCGAUGGCGGGCGUGGUGGCGCUCGGAGCAGCAGUGCCCGUUUCAAGGACGGCGCUGGGGCUACGGGCAGCGACGCCGCGCACGCAGCUACGCCGCUGUCACCGCCGCUGACGUCAACAUCACGGUCGACACACGGCAGCCUGCACGGUGGCAGCGGCGGCGGCAGCAAAGGGCUGGGCAGCAGCGGGGCAGCGGACCCGGGGACGGGGUCGCCGCGGCUGGACAGGCCACGAUCGGUGCCGCGGCGGAAGAAAGACCGUCGCAGUGGCAGCCUGCCGCUGGAGACAUCACGCAGCUUGAAGAGCACGCACACUCCCACACACCUCCAUCACCAGCAGCAGCAUCAGCAGCAGCACGACCACCAGUCUCACCACCACCACCAGUCGCAGCAGGAGCUUGGGCGUCGCGGUAGUGAGCGGGCCAGCAACGAGGCUGACCGGCGCAGGGAGUCGUCGAUGGCGCUGCAGGCGCUGUUGUCUGCGUCAGCGGACCAGGGCGGUGCACCCUCGCCCCAUCACGACAGUGGCAGCAGAGGCAGCAGCAGCAGGAGCCUGAAGCUGAUAGACAGCGGCGUUGCGGAAGGCGGAGAGCGCACAGGCCAGGUUGUCGGUGCAAGGGACGGUGAUGAGGGUGACGCGGCUGGCGUGAGCGGUGGGGAGGAUCUGAGGCGCGGGCGAAGACGGCAGCACCCGCACCCAGGUGAUGUGCCAGCCGGGCCCGAGGGAAGUGCACGCGAGGCGGGCGCGAAUCAGACCGUUGAUGAUGAGAUGCGGCCUGCUGUGGUGGAGGAAGCGCGGCACCGUGCGCUGGAGGUGUUGACGGAGUUUGAUCGCGCGUUCUGCGAGUUUGAGACGCACGAGGACAUCCGGGCGCUGCAGCGGGCAGGCACUCCUGUGGACGACUUUUUCCUGGACGGCGACGACGAAGCAGCGGAGGCGGAGCAACGCAGCGGUGGUGAGCAGCGGCACCGCGACAGUCGCAAAGCCGCAGCGCUGGGUGACGGCAGCAAGGGCGGCGACAGCGGCGACGAGAGCAGUAAUGCGGCACUUGCUCAAGCGCGGCCGCACGCGCACCGGGAAGAGCCGGAGAGCCGGCCGCUGACGUUGUUGGUGUCGCGACGCCGUCACGAGGAGGAGCAACAACAGCAACAACAGCAAGAGCAACAGCAACAGCAGGAGCAGGAGCAGGAGGAGGAGGAACAAGGCGAUGGCGGGGAUGUGCCAAAGCGGCCGUCGUACGAGGCGGCGAUUGGCAAUGCAGCGUCGAGGGCGCCCAACGUGCCAGCGCAGCAGUUUCGCGUGGUUGAACGGCCGGCCAGGCGUGUUGGGCCGACAGCAGCGACGAUACAGCGCCUGCAGACCACGCGCGAGGAGCAGUCUGCCACACAAGGCGAGCAUGACGGCGACGGUGAUGGUGACGGCAAUGGUGGUGAUGGACGUGAUGACAAGGAGACAGGCGUGGAGCAGCACAGGAGCGAGGCUGAAGGCGGUGAGGCGGGCGGGCGUGGUGGUGGCGUGUCCCUGCACCGGCCACCGCCGUCGUACAGUACGGUGGAUCGAUCACAGCGGCUGAUUCUUCGCCGGGACGGCAAGCCCUUCUCCACCUCCAGUCGCGAGAGCACCAUCUGA